AGUGAUCGUGCCCCCCAAAAAAGUGAGUCAGCACAACCUACACAAGGGGGAGGGAGCACUAGAAUGAUGAAGUCCGUAGUUGCCAAGAGAAUGAGGCUCAAUAAUAGCUCAAGUAGUUACAGUAGGGGCAUUAGGACAGAAUUAGACAAGUACUUGGCUGAAGAGUGUGAAGAUGAAGUAAAAGUUUUUGAUAUUCUUGCUUGGUGGAAAGGGCAGUCCUCUAGAUUUCCCAUACUAUCUAGAUUGGCCCGUGAUGUGCUGGCCAUUCCAAUUUCAACAGUUGCAAGUGAAUCUGCAUUUAGCACAAGUGGGCGUAUACUAGAUGAUUUUAGAACUUCCCUCACUCCAUUUAUGGUCGAAGCUCUUGUAUGCACAAAUGAUUGGGUUAGGAGGGCUACACCAAUCAAUGUUGCUGAGAAUACUGAAGAGUUGGCUAAGCUAGAAGAAGAGCUGAUACAUGAGUUUAAGGAUAAAGAAAUAAAUGAAAACAAUGCUUCCAAGUCACAGGUUCUAGGAAGCAAGAACAAGAGCAAGGCCACCACCACUAGCACUAAGACGAAAUCACAUUCUAAGCAAUCUUCAAAAACAAGCAAAAGCAAACCGUCCAACUCAAAGGCUAUAUGAUU